AUGCAAGUAACAAAGGAUAUCUCCCCAGACGAUCACCUUCAGUCUCUUGACGUCCGGGUUCCCAGUGAGCAGGGUGUUAUGACGUGUUCUCUUCGUGAUGGAGAAAACCAAAGCCAUAAAGCUAUCAAUGAUGUCACAUCUCAAUUCGAGAGCCAUAAAUACUUGAAUGAUGGUGAGAUCUUCUGGGAUAUUUCCUUUGAGAAGCCCUCAGCAGCGCCGGACAAAAGGACUACAACCGAAUUUCUCACAUUCAGUCAACGUCGCGGCCUGCCUGCCUGUUGCUGCUGCCUCGACUUUCACUACCUUCUCAUUCUCACCGGAGUGUUCUUCGUCUUCUUGGGCCUGGCUCUGAGUUUCUCUGCCGAGCGGAAUGUCACAAACAACUGGUUACUAAAAAGGCACGUUUCCAAAGGCAUACUGUGA